GUAGGUAUCCUCAAUUUCUGUGCUAAUAACUACCUGGGGCUCUCCAGCCACCCCGAGGUGAUUCGUGCUGCUGUGGAGGCCUUGGAGAAAUUCGGUGCUGGGCUCAGCUCCGUCCGCUUCAUCUGCGGUACCCAGAGCAUACACAAGGACCUGGAGGAGAAGAUCGCACGAUUCCACCAGCGGGAAGACGCCAUUCUCUAUGCCAGCUGCUUUGAUGCCAAUGCUGGUAUCUUUGAGGCCCUGCUGACCCCGGAGGAUGCGGUGCUGUCGGACGAGCUGAACCAUGCCUCCAUCAUCGACGGGAUCCGCCUGUGCAAGGCUAAUAAGUACCGCUACAAGCACAUGGACAUGCAGGACCUGGAGGCCAAGCUGCGGGAUGCGCAGAAACAUCGUCUGCGACUGGUGGCCACCGAUGGUGCCUUCUCCAUGGAUGGUGACAUCGCACCCCUGAAAGAGAUCUGCCAGCUGGCCCAGAAGUAUGAUGCCCUGGUCUUCAUUGACGAGUGCCAUGCAACAGGCUUCCUGGGACCCAACGGCCGGGGUACUGAUGAGCUCCUGGGAGUGAUGGACAAAGUCACCAUCAUCAACUCCACCCUAGGAAAAGCUCUUGGAGGAGCUGCAGGUGGGUACACAACUGGCCCCAAACCCCUCAUCGAUUUGCUCCGCCAGCGCUCCCGCCCGUACCUCUUCUCCAACAGCCUGCCCCCCGCUGUGGUGGGCUGUGCAUCCAAGGCCCUGGACCUCCUCAUGGAGAGCAAUGCCAUUGCACAGUCCAUGGCUGCCAAGACCCAACGGUUCAGAAGCAAGAUGACAGCGGCCGGCUUCACCAUCUCGGGGAAAGACCACCCCAUCUGUCCUGUCAUGCUCGGGGACGCCCGGCUGGCUGCAGUGAUGGCUGAGGAUAUGCUGAACAGAGGCAUUUAUGUCAUUGGCUUCAGCUACCCCGUGGUCCCCAAGGGAAAGGCUCGCAUCCGGGUCCAGAUCUCAGCUGUGCACAGCGACGAGGACAUUGACCGCUGCGUGGAAGCCUUCACUGAGGUGGGACGGAAGCACGGAGCGCUGCCUUGAGAGGCCAGCAAACACCUCCUCCAAGUGUCCUUCCUGCCCACGACCAAGACAAGUGCCUGUGCCAGGGGAAAAGUCUUGAGCAGCACGCUGCCAAAAGCAGGACUGGUCCUUAAGGCAUCGCAGCCUGCGGGAGGCUGUGGCUGUUGCAGCAUGCUGGCAGCAGCACUGGCAACUAGCUCCUCUGUCAUUAAAGGUGUCCUGCAGUG